AUGUCUGAGCCAAAUUUCAAGCCAGUGACUGUCACAAAGCCUAUUCCCAAUCUGUUUGACUUGGGAAAUUUGGCCACGUUUGACCCCAACCCCUUGGACAAUGCCAAGUUGAAUGACCCCGAGCAAAAAGAGGCCUACUUGGCCUCGGUCACCAGAGACAAUCUCCAGCUUCUAAUCAACCAGGUUUUGUCUUUGCCAAUCAAAACCACCACAGACACACAUGGCUCCUCCACAGGUCAAGACUCCACCAUGACCCUUAUACAACUUCCUGAGCCCACCACGGCGUUGCCCAGAGAGAAGUCUAUUCCAAAGGACAAGCCAAAGACGAAGUGGGAGAAGUUUGCCGAAAUCAAGGGUAUCAAGGCCAAGGCCAAGGACGGCAAGAUGGUAUAUGACGAGGCCACUGGUGAGUGGGUUCCUAAGUGGGGUUAUAAGGGAAAAAACAAAGACCUUGAUGACCAAUGGUUGGUGGAAAUUGAUGAGAAGUCGAAGGGCACUCCCAAUGAAUUGAUCGACCCAAGAUCGUUGGCACGUGCCGAGAGAAAGAAGUUGGUGAAGAAGAAUGAGUUGCAGCACAAGCGUAACGUGAAAAACCUGCAGAUCUGA